AUGGAUUCUGAAAAGAAAUCCCCGUCAUCGUCAAGUUCAACAAAUCAUUCUUCGUGGAGUUACAAGGAGCUACGCAAACUGCCAGAUUUGAACAAGAUAUGUAAAAAGGUGGAGAAGGCGAGUAAGAAGUUGUUGCAUCACGAAAAGAAUCCUACUUUUAUACCAACAACUAUUACUAAUAGUGAUACUGUGGAAGAUCGCAAUCGUCCCGUUCAACCGCCGCCAGUGGCUAGUUUAGAAGGGCCGAGUUUUCACCCGCCUUCAUAUGGUUGGGCUUUGAAUGGAAUUUCUACUGGUCCGACUCCUCAGUUAGGUGGAUUGUUUUUGGAUAUUGGUGCUGGUAACGAAACUGCCGGAUCAGGCUACGACUAUUUGAAUGAAAUUGAUGAUGAAUCGGAUUAUCUUCGGCCUAAUUUCAAUGAAAUUGAGAAUACAAAGCAUGUACAAAACAUUCAAUUGGACGCCAUAAAAAAGAAAAUUAGCGAAGAAAAUUCAGAGCUCCAAGUUCUUCUGAACGACAACUCUGAAUUAAGCGCUAUUUUUCAAGAAAAAUUUGGGGAAUGUAUGGAGAGAGAUGAAUCAGAAUUGAGAAGAGAAGUUAAAACACUCGAGGAUCGUUUGAAACAAGUUCAUCCUACCUGCGUUCCGCCACCACGUCCACCUCCUCCUCUUUCAAGCAGUCAAGAUUGUCAUAUGUGUAUUCGUUGCUUGUCUAUUACCUCUUCAGAUGUUCCACGAUCAUGGUGGUCUCACGUACCUAUGGGGCCACCAGAUGCUAUUUUGGGGGUUACCGAAGCUUACAAGGCUGAUAAAAAUCCAAACAAGAUUAAUUUGGGUGUUGGUGCUUAUCGAGACGAUCAAGGAAGACCCUUUGUCCUUCCAUCGGUACGAUCUGCUGAAGCCCAGAUGAUUAGAGAUAAUCUUGAUAAAGAAUACGCUACUAUUGCAGGAAUCACCAAUUUCAAUAACGAAGCUGCUCGUCUCGCUUUUGGAGAUGAAAGUGACAUAAUCAAAUCGAAACGUAUUUUCACCACCCAGUCGAUUUCUGGAACGGGCGCAUUGCGUAUUGGUUCGGAAUUUCUCGCUAAAUAUCAUGAAAUUAAAACCAUCUAUCAGCCAUCUCCGACAUGGGGUAACCACAUUCCAAUUUUUAGGAAUACUGGUUUUGAAGUAAAAACCUAUAGAUAUUAUGACAAAGCAUCUUGUGGAUUCGAUGAAAAGGGUGCUCUCGAAGAUUUAGGGAAAAUUCCACAGGGAUCCGUCGUCUUAUUGCAUGCGUGUGCCCAUAAUCCGACUGGAGUUGAUCCAACGAAGGAUCAAUGGAAAAAGAUUUCUGGAAUUGUAAAGGAGCGAAAACUUCUUCCGUUUUUCGACAUGGCUUACCAAGGAUUUGCUUCGGGAUGUGUUGACAAUGACGCAUUUGCAGUUCGGUAUUUCGCUGAGCAGGGUCAUAAUAUGCUCCUAGCGCAAUCGUUCGCAAAGAAUAUGGGUCUAUACGGCGAAAGAACCGGUGCGUUUUCAAUUGUCACGGAAAAUGCGGAAGAAGCGGGUCGCGUUGCCUCGCAAAUCAAAAUUAUCAUCCGUCCCAUCUACUCGAAUCCGCCUAUAAAUGGGGCAAGAAUCGCAGAGAGAAUACUUUCGGAUCAAAAAUUGAAAAGUCAAUGGCUUUCUGAUGUAAAAUCAAUGGCUGAUCGUAUUAUCAACAUGCGUGCCGAACUCAAAAAUCGACUUAUUCAACAUGGAUCAACUCGAAAUUGGGAACAUAUAACGAAUCAGAUUGGAAUGUUCUGUUUCACUGGUAUCAGUGAGGAGCAAGUUUCAAAACUGAUUAAGGAUCAUUCCAUCUAUUUGACAAAGGACGGCCGCAUAUCAAUUGCCGGAAUCACCUCACAAAAUGUUGACUAUUUGGCAAAAGCUAUUCACGAGGUUACGAAGUAA